GAUUUCCAAACGUCGGAAGAGCUGAUACCAAACGCUACCUAAAACACUAUCCGUCCGAUUAAUAGCUCUUAAUAACAGGAUGGUACAAGAGUUUCACGUACUGAGGUGUUUUUCUUGUCAGACAUUUCAAGUACAACAGGUCAAAAAGAGCAAAAAAUGGACCUGCAAUAUGUGUGGGGAAAAGCAGUCACUUAUAAAAGAAUAUGGCAGAGGUACAGGUGCGGACUGCAGACGGCAUGUACAGAAGCUGAAUUCAUUGCGUGGAGAGCUGCUAGAGGUUGCAAAUGAAAGAGCCAGGACUCAGUGGGAGAAAGACGAGGAGCGUGACGUUAUCGUCGGCUCUGGAAAUGAGACCCAAAGUUGGCAGCAAAAGGAGCACACACAGGCUGUAAGCCGCUGGAGUAAAUAUGUGCACCAGAAAGAGAAUGGGCCAGGAAGUGAGGAGGAUGAAAAUGAGGAGGAAGUGAGAGUUUACACAGACACAGAUCAGCGCCAUCGGCAUCAUAACAUCAGCAGAAAAAGGAAGAAAACCUUUAUUACAGGGGCCGCUUGUGGACGUGACGCUGUUAAUGAAGUUGAGGACACAGACACUGGUCAAUGGGGGGCUGCAAAACGGCCCUCUCAGCCUCGUCGUCAUAAUGGAGCUUUCAAAUCAUCUCUUAAAGUACCUUGCUCUUCAGCAGGAUUCCAACAUGCCAGUACAAGCCAGAGAACUGAUGCUCUUUGUGCUUUUCCAGCUUCAUCACUGGGCUCAAAAGACAUUACCGCAUAUAAUGAUAUAUGUUCCCAGUUCACUGGAGCAAAUAAGCAGUCUUCUGCUGAGUUAAGCACCAAGCCUCAGCAUACAGUUCCCUUAAGCAAUUCCUUUCCAUCAUUCACUCAACAGCGCAGUGAAACUAAAACGGAAGCCAAGGACUCUAAGUGGGCUCGAUUUCUUCCAUCUGUCUGUGUUGAAGACAGGGAUGAGGGAGACACCGAUUUGGAUGUAGAUCACGCAGCGUUGGCUCAGAGCCCAGUGACGCCUGUAGCUACGGUUCCACUUAAAAACACGGGCUGUAUGAGCAGUGGAGGAAGCGAAGGAGCUUUGUUGGAGAAGGUGUUCGGUGUAGGAAAAGUGAUCGAUUUUGAGAAAGUGAGUCACUGCAUGAAUGGAAAUGUGUGCAAACAGCCUGAAAGUCCUACCAUCGCAUCAAGGCCUGUUGGCUCUCAAGAACCUGUGUGUGUUCAGCCACUACCUAUUAAAAGACCACGUCCUGUCUUCUCUUUCAGCACGUUAUUUCAUACAGAUGACGACUUCGAUGACACAUAUUAAUCGUUUGUGUGAUCGAACUAAUGAAAAAAUACCUAGAAAUGAACAAAAAUAACACACUGUGACCAGCCUUAUAUUUUAACCAUAGAACCAGAUAUAUAUGUAAACAUUUUAGAGUAAUUCAGACAUCCUGAGAGUUCUGCAGACAAUUUAUUUGACAGACAAGGCAGGAAAGUGUGUAAAAGUAUUCAAUAUAACAAUUCGUUUUCAUUCUGACUACAAAUAUACCCCAUAGAUUUUCUUUUACAGAACAACUAAUAUCAUGUCUAAGUAGGCAUAUGUUCAUUGACAUUUCUUAAAGUUUACCAGUUUGGAAAGUCAAUGUAAAUAAUUUUGUGAUAUAUAUAUGAUAAAUGCCACUGUGACUG